AAACCCGGAAGCGAGGUCCGCGGCGGCGAUUUUCUCUUCUGAAAGGUGGAUGUCUGUUGCCGGAUUCCGGACCUGGCUUGCUGGUCAACGCGCGUCAUCUGAGAGCUGCUGGGCUCGUGCCGAUCUUGGUGAAUAACAUAAAGCAGACAUAAUUCAUCUCUUAGAAGCAUUGGUAUCCUGGCAUUUGAAAUGCUUUUUAUUUAGAAUAAUAGUAAGAAUGGAAAAAGAAAAAGUAUACGAUAGUGGAAAACCAGACCCAGAGAAUUCUUUGGACUUUUCUGAACACUUCAAUCAACUUGAAUUGUUGGAGACACAUGGUCACCUCAUUCCCACGGGUACUCAAAGUCUCUGGGUAGGCAAUUCUGAUGAAGAUGAGGAGCAAGAUGACAAGAACGAAGAAUGGUAUCAAUUGCAAGAAAAAAAAAUGGAGGCAAAUCCAAGCAAAUUGCUUCUUUGGGCUGCUGAAAAAAAUCGGCUUACUACAGUACGGAGACUACUUUCUGAAAAGGCCACUGAUGUGAACACUAGGGAUGAGGAUGAGUAUACCCCUCUUCAUCGAGCAGCCUACAGCGGACACUUAGAUAUUGUCCGCGAGCUGAUCGCACAAGGGGCAGAUGUUCACGCAGUGACCGUGGAUGGCUGGACUCCCCUACACAGUGCUUGUAAGUGGAAUAACACCAGAGUGGCUUCUUUCUUACUUCAGCAUGAUGCAGAUAUCAAUGCCCAAACAAAAGGCCUCUUGACCCCCUUGCAUCUUGCCGCUGGGAACAAAGACAGCAAAGAUACCCUAGAACUCCUCUUGAUGAACCGUUACAUCAAACCAGGUCUGAAAAACAACUUGGAAGAAACUGCAUUUGAUAUCGCCAGGAGAACAAGUAUCUAUCACUACCUCUUUGAAAUCGUGGAAGGCUGUACAAAUUCUUCACCUCAGUCUUAACAGUUGUAGUAAUUUUUUUAAGUUUCUAAGUAUCAGUGUCCCCUUUAUGUGAGCUAUAAAAUAUUCCCCUAAGGCAAAGUUGCCAUGAAAUGUCUUACUGCAAAAAUUUGGUGACACUCAUCAUAAUGCUCUUCCAAGUGAAUUGCCUGACCUUGAUGGCAAAAUAUAUUUGAAAGUUGUUUGGAUAUUUCUUAAAUGAUUUCUGUGGAGUUGGUGAUUUUUACCAGAAAUAAUUUUAAACUGCCUAUACUUAAAAACUUGACACGGGUUGUAUAGAAACUAACGCUAUUUUUGGUGCUGAUUCAAGAGAAAUGUAUUUUUAAAUAUCCCAUAUCCUGGACCUUUAUUGAGUACUUCAGAUCUUGACAUAUUUUUAUAAGAUGAGAUUACCCAUAAUUUAAUUUUAAAGUCUUAAAUAUUCUGAUGCAGUUCAGUUAUCUUCUCUGUAUUACCAUUUUCAUUUUAAACAAGAAAAAUUAAUAUUAAUGACUUAAGUCUUCAUCAGUUGGAGAAAAAAGUACCAAGAAGCUAAAUCUUUGUUCUUUAGAGCAUAAAUCAUUUUCAAAAAAGCAUUAGCUGAGUGUUUAAUCCAUGAAUGUUAUAUACUGCCUCCCCUACAGCAAUGCACAUGAUCCUGUGGACAGUCCUACCUCACCCUGGUCAGCUUACCUGAUCCUUCUACUAAUGGUGAAUCAGUCUGAACUCUUAGACAUGCACACAACUCUACCUUGGUCCCUGAGAUCAUAAUAUAUCUGCUAUCCAACUGGUUUUGCCUACUUAGUCUUACUGGUUUGGGUGGGGCGGGAAUAGAUUCUUGAGUUCACAGGAAAUAGUGAUUUUCCAAGAUCCUCAUUUGAUACAAACCAUAUGAAGGCAAAGCGAUAAGGGCAAAAGAAUUGUAAGAGUAAGGGGUUGAUUAUGAUAUUGGGGCUAAAAUCACAAGGUGUUUGUUUUUUGUUUUUUUU